AUGAAGAUCAUUCUAAGUCAGAUAAGGAUACUGAAUAUUGCGAUAUUCACGGAGAUAUCGAAAGUGGAAGAUAAAAGAUCAAAAAAUGCAGUUAACAACCAAAAAUUUGCAACGAUGAAAAGAAGCAUUAAAAACAUUUUAACAGAAAUCAGGGAUAAAGGUUUUAAGGCGAAUAUAUCUUCAGAACACUUCAAACCACAGGACAAUGCUGAAACUGCACAAGGAUCGAUUGAAUUAACUCCUGACAGUAUGGAGGUCCUUUCCCCUAUAUCCUCACAAAAUCAAAGAACAGCAAUGAAUUAUACCAGCACCGAAAGUUACUCAAACGGCCAAGAACUGACUGAUAUAAUAUCAACAAAUACAACAGAAGACAACAUCCUAGAAUCGUUAUCAGGUAAAAAUGGUUUUCAUAAAAGAGAUGAAAAUCAUCUGAUAGAUAUACCUGAUGAUGUUGUAAGAACAUAUGAAGGUAAACAGUUUCCAAAUCUAGUGGAUACCGAAAUUAAAUCUGACACAAGUGUUGUAAACAAUGACCAUGCACAAUUGAACGAAACUAAUGACGAUACCUCAAAGUUAUUGUCUGAGCUUAAGGAACAAUUGUUUGGCGAGAAAGAAGUAGCAAAUGGUAAAAGUCAAGAUAUGAGUGCAAUGUUUAGCGAUAGAAAUGAUGCAGAUACGACUUCAAAACAUACUGAAAGCCAAAGUAGUUUUAGCAGUUACCAACAGUUAUCAGGAGGUCAAGAUGAAAGAGACAUUGCAAGCACAAAACUUGUGGAUUUCUCAGAUAACUUUGAAGACGACUUAAAUAUGAUGACAGAAAGUAUAAUAAGAUUAAAUGUAUUGAAAAGCAAUCAAGCCGUGGGAUGUGAGAGACACGAAGAAGUUAGGGGAAGUUUUCCUCAUCAAAUAAGCAAAAAUAAACUCGAUCCGACUGAAGUCAUAAAAAAUGAGACUAACUCGGAAGGGCAGACUGAUCAUAGUCCGGAAAUUGAAAACAAUAAAAGCAGCGAUGAACGCAAAGGCAGAAUAUGUAAAGUAUCUUCUAAUGGAGACGAGUAUGACAGCCAUGUCAAUGUUCCAGAUCCUUUCAUUCCAAUAGAAAAGUACUGUGAGAUUUUGGAUGAACCCUCGGCAAUCAAUGAUUGGAAGACUAACAAAAUUAAACUUGAUGGAGAAGACGAUGAAACGUCUAAAAAAAUGCAAGAAAAUGGUAUCGUUUUUGAAAGUACCCAGCAAGCUUUAGAGGAAAAAGACAUGAAAAAUACUCAGAAAUUGCAUGAAAUGACACACCAUUCCUUAGAAAACAACGGUGAUUACACUGGUGAGAAAAUAAGAAACAAUGAUAGUCCUGAUAAAACACACAUUGCUAUAUCUGUUCGCAGUGAAAUGGUAGAUAUUUUGUGUCCUGAUUAUACAGAACAUAUUCAGGAAGAUACUAAAGAGGACCCGAAACAUAAAGUAGAAACGAAACUGAACAAAAUGCAAACGAGUGCACCAACAUUUGAACAUAUCUUUGUAAAUUCUACAGCAGCUGCCAAAAAUGAGGAUAGUGACAGAACCUGUCUUGGGGUCAAAAAUGAGAAGGAAAAACAAGGAAAAAAGAGAAUGACAUUAUUUCCUUUCACUUUAAGAGGUAAAAAAGUCAAACAUGAAGUUUCCUCAUUGUUUCCUGACAAUGAUACUGGCGAAGUUGUGUUAUCAAAGUACACCAACACUCAAACUGAAUUGAGUAUUAGCCUUCAAGGAACCCAAUCCAAACGUAGAAGUAUGUUAACAAGUUUUAAAAAAGUAAAUGAACAAAGCAUGAUCGAUUUCGGCAAGAGAUGUAAAGAUUGCUUAUCCAGGCCACUUGAAAACAUGAAUGAUGAGGAAAUACGAUGUUUGAACUGUUUUAAAUUUGAAUGUUUACUUUGUGCCAUACAAUGUUCAUGUGGCAAUACAUGCUACUGCAAUAUGAUUGCUCAAACCAUUGAAGAAAAAAUGGAAAGAACGAAAAAGAUUUUAAGGGAAUCAAUAAAUGAACGUCUACCGAUUGAAGAUACAAUUUACAUCGUCUCGACUCACUGUUACAGCCUUCAUAAUGGAAAAACUACAUUAACAUUGGAAAUGAGAUUAUCAAAACAUUAUGAAGUGCAGAAUGAAAAUAAACGGGAAAACUUCAUAAAGGUUUUGGUUUUGGACUAUGAGGAUCCUUCUUCAAGGAAGUUCCUACGCAGUCGGCAGGCAGUAUGUGUCGCUUUGAAAACAGUUGUUGAUGAAAAGAUCAUUGGACUGUAUAGCAAGGACACAACGGCAAGACAAGAGAGAUUUAUAAGCCCUUUAAUCAAAUACCUAGGUAGUAGAGAUAUACAGGUACAGAAAGUUGAUGAGUUUUCUGGAAAACUUGGGAAAAAGGACGCUCAACUGAUUGUCGUCUGUUUAGUUCAUUCAAGAGCUAUGUCAGAUGUGAAUGCUGCAUUAUGUGAAAUUGAAGAAAGAUUUUACAAGCAUAUCAUACUGGUCCUUUUACAUUUCAAACAAUCAGAUCAAAGAAAAUGUGCACCUGAAGUGAAGUCGAAUAUACGCUUUUCAGAAAUGGAUAUCAUUGACCUUUUCCAGCAACCUGAAAGUGACAAUAUAGUCGAUGUUUACAAGAAAAUAAUAGAUGCUAUUAAUUCUUUUAAAUAAUACAUGUAUUUUAUGAUAAAAGGUAAUGUGAAUGUUUCCGUUGAGACUUUUUCGUAUUUGUAUUCAUGGUUUGGCUUGUGUUUUCUGCUUGUCUAAGAAAGAUAUACAAUUAUAUUAACUGAUUUAUAUUGAUUUUUUUGCAAAUGUAUAUAACAUGUACGAGAGAGAGAGAGAGA